CACGCGGCGCGGGCCGGAGGUUGGCGCGGGUGGAGUGCGUGUGCGGGGCGCUCUCCGGUGGUGUGGGUUUCCGGUCUGCUGAGGCGGGACCCGGCAGGGAGCGGCGACCAGCGGCGGGGAACCGACAAAGGGUAUUGCCAUGGUCAUGGCGGUGGAGGACAGCAUGGUGCAGGUCGUGGUGCGGGUACGGCCCCCCACCCCGCGGGAGUUGGAGAGUCAGCGGCGGCCUGUGGUUCAGGUGGUGGAUGAGCGGGUGCUAGUGUUUGACCCUGAGGAGCCCGAUGGGGGCAUCCUUGGCCUGAAAUGGGGUGGCACCCAUGAUGGCCCCAAGAAGAAGGGUAAAGACUUGACGUUUGUCUUUGACCGGGUCUUUGGUGAGGCGGCCACCCAACAGGACGUGUUCCAGCACACCACCCACGGCAUCCUGGACAGCUUCCUCCAAGGCUACAACUGCUCAGUGUUUGCCUAUGGGGCCACUGGGGCCGGGAAGACACACACCAUGCUGGGAAGAGAGGGGGACCCCGGCAUCAUGUAUCUGACCACCAUGGAACUAUACAGAAGGCUCGAGGCCCGUCAGGAGGAGAAGAGAUUCGAGGUGCUCAUCAGUUACCAGGAGGUGUAUAAUGAGCAGAUCCAUGACCUCCUGGAGCCCAAGGGGCCCCUUGCCAUCCGUGAGGACCCUGAUAAGGGGGUGGUGGUGCAAGGACUUUCCUUCCACCAGCCGACCUCAGCUGAGCAGCUGCUGGGGAUGCUGACCAGGGGAAACCGGAACCGCACACAGCACCCCACUGACGCCAACGCCACUUCCUCCCGCUCCCAUGCCAUCUUCCAGAUCUUCGUAAAGCAGCAGGACCGGGUUCCAGGCCUGACCCAGGCCCUUCAGGUGGCCAAGAUGAGCCUGAUUGACCUAGCUGGCUCGGAGCGGGCGUCCAGCACCCAUGCCAAGGGGGAGCGGCUGCGGGAGGGAGCCAACAUCAACCGCUCGCUGCUGGCCCUCAUCAACGUCCUCAAUGCCCUGGCCGACGCAAAGGGCCGCAAGUCUCACGUGCCCUACCGGGACAGCAAGCUGACCCGCCUACUCAAGGACUCCAUCGGGGGCAACUGCCGCACAGUGAUGAUCGCUGCCAUCAGCCCCUCUAGCCUGGUCUACGAGGACACUUACAACACCCUGAAGUAUGCUGACCGGGCCAAGGAAAUCAAACUCUCGCUGAAGAGCAACGUGAUCAGCCUGGACUGUCACAUCAGCCAGUACGCCACCAUAUGCCAGCAGCUCCAGGCUGAGGUGGCCACCCUGAGGGAGAAACUCCGAGUAUAUGAGGCAAGAGCCCAGGUCCCACAGCAGGACCUCCCACAGUCCCCCAAAUCCAGCCCUGCACAUCAGCUCCUUCCCAGCUGCCCCUCACCAUCCUGCCUUCCCAGCCAGCCCUGCACCCCAGAGCUCCGCCCAGGGUCAGUGGUCCUUCAAGAGGAAAGCCUGGGGACAGAGGCCCAAGUGGAGAAGGUCGUGGAAAGGAACUCUUCAGACAGGGAGCAGCCCCUAGAGGACAAGGAUGAAGGCCCAGCUGCGGAGGUUCCAACCCAAGUGCUGGAGCAGAACCUCAGACAGCCAUCACCAGGGUCCCGUGACCCAACCCUGCAGCCCAAGCCAGUUGUCGACCACCUCUUACCACAGAACCUGGGCAGGGACUGUUCUAAGCAGUUGGCCCUCAGGGUGCUGUGCCUGGCCCAGCGCCAGUAUUCCCUACUCCAAGCAGCCAACCUCCUGACCCCUGACAUGAUCACAGAGUUUGAGACCCUGCAGCAGCUGGUGCAAGAGGAAAACACUGAGCCUGGAGGAGAGGCCUCGAGGGAGCCUGGCCCGGCCAGAGGGCCACCUCUGGCUCAGGAGCUGUGUUCAGAGUCAAAGCCUCUAGGAUACUCUGGCCCCGUGACACGGACCAUGGCGAGACAAAUGAGUGGCCUCAUACAUGCUCUGGGGGUCCUGCCUGGGCCUGACCAUACCCCAGCCCAGGCAUCCCGGCGACCCGCAGAGAAGAAGAGGGGGAGACAGAGCCCCUCGGAGCCAGACAGCUCCCCAGCCCCGAAGCCUGGGACCAAGCGCCAGCGCCAGUCUUUCCUGCCCUUCCUGAGAAGGGGGUCCCUGCCUGAGGCUCAGCCUUCGUUCGGGCCCACCACUCCCCCAGGAGGAAGGGCCUCCUCGUCCAGCCAUUCCACUCACUGCUGCCCAACCACAGUCAUCAAAAGCCGGGUACCCCUGGGCCCUUCUGCUCUGCAGAACUGCUCCACUCCUCUGGCCCUGCCCACGCGGGACCUCAAUGCCACCUUUGAUCUCUCCGAGGAGCCCCCCUCAAAGCUGGGUUUCCACGAAUGCGUCAGCUGGGACAGUGUUCCCCAGGUGCUGAGCAGGUGGGACCAGCCCGUCAUCCCCAGUGGACCCAUGCCUCUGUUCACAAUGAAGGGCCCCAAGCCAGCAUCCUCCUUCCCUGGGACCUCAGCCCGCAAGAAGAAGCGUGUUGUCAGUUCCUCAGUCUCCCGGUCACUGGGAGUCACCCGGGGCCGCAGCCGCAUCGCCCGCCUCCCCAGCAGCACCUUGAAGAGGCCAGCUGGGCCCCUGGCAAUCCCAGAGCUCCCCUCCAGUCCCCACUGCCCUGGAAACUAGAGGAGCCAGAGGAACUGAUGGGAGUCGGGGGAGUACUGUCAGCUGGGAGUUGCUCCACCAAGGUCCCUGAAGCCACCUGCACCAGGAGCCCUGACCCACCUUCCUCAACUCGGAGCAGCUAAUGCCAACACCCUCUUCCUUUAUUAACACUCUUUCCCCUGCCGCUCAUUCUGCUACUUACCCUCUUUAUCAAUCUCUUGUUACACUCAGCUUCUUAGCCUGUAUAUAUUCAUUUGUGUGUUAGUGUGUUGCUAUUUUAAAAGGGGCUGCCAUCCUUCCUCUCUAGUUUAUUACCCUCUCUGUGCAGGAAGGUGGCUUUGGGGGGCCUUUAUUCCCCAUCCCCAUCUAACACAGGGCUCUGUGCAGUGAUGGCCACUUUUCAGUAGAGGUGGGAUGAGCAUGGGAUGGGGGUGUGGGGGAGUCCCAGCUUGGCUCUUCCUAGUUUGAGAGAGAGCGAGAGAGAGAUGGAGGGAGAGAGGAAGAGAGAGAGACAGGCAUCUUCAGCCCCAUCCCCCCAGCCUGGAGCAAGAGCCCCAGCCCCAUGCCACAGUCCCGGUGAUGAUGCAGAUGGUGGUGCUUUGAUUUCCACGUGAAGAUAAGCUUAUUGUUUUUACCCUUUUGUAAACAGGAUACACACUCAGUGUAAAAAGACAUGUAAAGAAGAAAGGGAAAUUCAGCCUUAAUGCUGGUGGUCCUAGACAUAAGAAGUGUUAAUACUUGGGUUUAUAUCCUCUGAUCCUUUAUUUCUGCAUAUAUACAUUUAUAUAUAUAUAUAUACACAUACACACACGUGUAGAUAUAGAUAUAUUUUUUUAUUAUAAUGAUUAAUAAACCAUCUCCAUCCUUGGUGUGUGCCUCUCUCUGUACACUUUGGUAGGAUAGCAACACCUUCCCACUCUUCAAGACCUCAACUUCUGGGUUUAAAAAACAUUCCCCUCUGCCUGCUCCUGAAGCCUUAGGUUUGGGCCUAGGGAUGCCCCAUACUCCGCAGCCCCAUCCUCAGCUGAGGGCCUCUGCUCCUUAGUGGGUAAAGAAGCUAUCACACCCAGAGGCCUGUUCCAUCCUCCUACAGCCUGGGCGUGGGUUGCUGGAGUCCUGCCAUCAGGGAAAGAGCCAUAGUGGUCCCCAGGCUCCAAGCUAAGCCCCAACUUGCUUGAACCCAUUGCAGUCUUCCUCCCACCAGCUUCCGACUCUCCUCUCCCCACCCCCGUUCGUGGCUUUCCUCUCCUGUCACUUGGAUUGUGACAAUUCAACCCAAGUUUACCUCUGUCUCCCCAGGAAGAUGUGGCUGGCUGCAUGAAUGAAUAGCGUAAACAAAAUUACAGGAGUCUGUGUUUAACUUGCUUCUGAAAACA